AUGGCUUCAGCGAUUGGUCUGUACACCCGAUCAUAUCCAGAUGCCCCAUGUGUGGCCGAGAGGGCUAGAGAGGAUGAUACUAUGGAGGCUGCUGAAAAGGGCUUGAAAAUUUUCCACCCGAGGAAAGGUGGCUAUAGAGCUGCCAUGUUCAUAUUUGUCAUGACGGGGCUCGAGAACAUUGGAUUUAUAGCAAACAUGGUGAGCUUGGUGUUAUACUUCCUUGGAGUAAUGCAUUUUGGUUCAGCUGAUGCAUCGACUACUCUCACAAAUUUCAUUGGAGCAACUUUCUUGCUUACAAUCCUCGGGGGUUUCAUUUCAGACACAUACAUGACCAGGCUCAACACAGUUCUCAUGUUUGGGCUCGUCGAGAUGGUGGGCUAUAUUCUUGUAACAAUUCAAGCUCAUUACAAGAAUCUGCACCCUGACCCAACUUGCUUAACCUGCAAGCCUGAGGGCAGCAGCAAGACGCUAUUCUACCUCUCAUUCUGUCUCCUAGCAUUAGGCUAUGGAGGAGUGAGAGGAGCUCUACCUGCACUCGGAGCUGAUCAAUUCGACAGGAAAGAUCCUAAAGAAAGGAAACAACUCGGCAGCUUCUUCAACUGGUUGUUGAUGAGUAUAACUCUCGGUGCAACUUUCGGCGUCACUGUAAUUGUGUGGGUUAGCUCAGAAAAGAGCACUUGGGCAGUAGGUUUCUUCAGUCAAAUGCUUAUCGCGAUUGUGGGUUUUGGAUUCCUCACCGUUGGGAAACCCUUUUAUCGUAAUAGAGUUGCAGGCGACAGUCCCUUGCUUUACGUUCUUCAGGUAAUUGUGGUGGCAAUUCGGAACAGAAAAUUGUCACUGCCUGAUAGCUCGGAACAACUGUAUGAGAUUAAUGAUAAAGAAGUUGUUGAGGAGAAAAUACCACAUACAGACCAAUUCAGAUUCUUGGACAAAGCUGCAGUCCUAGCUCCAGACACAAGCCCAGAGCCGUGGAAAGUCUGCACAGUCACCCAAGUAGAAGAAAUCAAAAUCCUAACAAGAAUGCUUCCCAUCCUAGCCAGCACAAUCCUAAUGAAUACCUGCCUAGCCCAACUCCAGACCUUCUCAGUCCAACAAGGCAUAUUCAUGGACCUCUCCCUCGGCCGCUUCGACAUCCCUCCCGCCUCCAUCCCCGUCAUCCCCCUCGUCUUCAUGUCUGUUCUUGUCCCUGUCUACGAGUUCGCCUUCGUACCCCUCGCCCGCCGCCUCACCGGACACCCCACGGGCAUCACCCAUUGCCGCCGUGAACUCAAGCGCAGAAAUACCUUCAAUCUUCAUCUGAGAAAAAUAUCCCUCUUCUGGCUCUCGUUCCAGUACGGCAUUUUCGGUAUCGCAGACAUGUUUACGCUUGUCGGGCUUAUGGAGUUCUUCUACAGCGAGGCGCCAGAGGGGAUGCGGUCGUUGGCCACCUCGUUCUCUUUUCUGACGAUUUCGAUAGGGUAUUUUCUGAGCUCGGCAUUUGUGAAGGCGAUCGACGCAAUGACGGGUAGGAUGGCGGACAAUGGGCAGGGAUGGCUGUAUGGGACAAACUUCAAUGCGAAUCAUGUGGAUAGGUUUUACUGGUUUCUGGCUGUGUUGAGUUGUGUAAACUUUGGGGUUUAUGUUUUAUGUGCUAGGUGGUAUAAGUACAGAAGAGAUGGGCAUGAUGGUGGUGGUGGUGUUGUUGGGAGCGAAGAAGUUGAAAAGAGUAAGGGAGAGAAGCAAGAGAACGGGGGUAGGCAACAAGCUUUGGUUAAGGGAGAGGAAGGAAGUGAUCAAUGAAUUUGAAUAUGGUUGUCAUCGAGAUGUUUAAAUUCAAAGGAAAUAAAUUG